UGGAAAAGUGUUUCCCUUCGACAGAGUCCAAACUAACGCAACGCAGCAGAAAUCGAAGGAACAUCACACUGAUCCUCUCUUUCUAUAUGUGUCGAGUUCAAACCUUUUAACUCAACACUUCCAUCUCCUAUCGCUUAAUUUCUAGGGUUUUUCCUUUUCUUAUCCCCACAUAAUUCAUGGGGGUGUCCUUCAAGGUGUCCAAAACCGGCUCUAGGUUUCGCCCCAAGUCGAUUCCCCUUCCGCCCCAACCUCACGAUGACACCUCGUCAGAACCCCAGAACGAUCUUGUUGAGGCUGGUGAAAACAUUGCUCAGUUGCCCCGGUCAUAUGUUUCAUCUGAAACUCUUUCAUUAGCAGAGAGGGAAGCUUCUUUCACGUUGAACCUGUUUGCAGAGGGUUAUUCUAUUGGAAAACCCUCCGAGAAUGAGGUAGCUAAUCAGUCAAAAUAUCAAGAUUUUCCCAAGUUGUUACAUCCAUAUGAUAGGUCAUCUGAAAGUCUUUUCUUGGCCAUUGAGUCAGGUCACUUGCCUGGGGAUAUUCUGGAUGAUAUACCUGCCAAGUAUGUUGAUGGAGCGCUUAUAUGUGAGGUGCGUGAUUAUCGAAGAUGCUCUUCUGAAAAAGGGGGUAGUGUUGUGUCUGCUGAAAGUUCUCCUAAUGUUAAUAAAGUAUGCCUUAAAAUGUCAUUGGAAAAUAUUGUAAAGGACAUCCCAUCAAUUACUGAUAAGUCUUGGACAUAUGGUGAUCUAAUGGAAGUCGAAUCAAAGAUACUGAAAGUGUUACAACCAAAACUUCAUCUAGACCCUACUCCAAAGUUAGAUCGGCUGUGUGAAAGUCCAAUUCCAACGAAGCUCAAUUUGCCAAGAAAGCGAUUAAGGCAUAUGCCAGAGUUUGCUGUUACUUCUACCAAUAAAAUUCAUGGGAAGAAAGUCUGCAUAGAUAGAGUGCAAGAAAGCUUAAUUAGCAGGUUAGGUGAUUCAGGAAACACUGCAUCCAAUGCUAUUGUGCAGCAGACCCAUGAAAAUCCGUCUGUGCAAAAUCUUAGUCCAAACGUUGCCAUGGCCUUGAGACCUAAGAAUUUAAUACCUGAUUCUUCCAUCCCUAACAUUCCUAUGAUGGGACAUCAAUCAAGAUAUGGAAUGUCAGUUGGAACUCCAAGAAGUUUGCAGGAGCAGGGACCAAUUUCUUCUAUUAACUCGUCAGGGGCUCCUGCUGCUGCACAAGAUGUCAUGAUUGCAUAUGCUGAUAAUGCAAACUCAAGUGCUUCGUUUCAUGGAAAAAGGGAUAAUCAAGACGGACAAGCAUCACCUUUAUCUAAUAUUGCAAAAAGAAUAAGGCCUGCUUCCACUGGUGUUGAUGCACUGCAGCAUCAGCAAAUAGGUUCACAUGUUGAAACUAUUCAAGGAUCAGAUAUGAAUUGGCAAAAUACACUAUUGCAACAACAAGCAAUGGCCAGGGGUAUUCAGUAUGCAAGUGGCAGCAUUCAGAAGUUUCCUCAACAGGUUUUUGAAGGGGGGCAGAAUCCAGAGAUGGGGGCAGUUCCCUUUGCUUCUAGUCAGCAUGGCAUGAAGCUGGUUGCCAAGGAAGAACAGUUUGAAAUGGAAAAACUAGAUGGUGCUGAGAUAAACCGCAGCAAAAGUGAGAUGGAAAUGGACACAAACAAUUUAGACCCACAACAAUUACGGCUUCAGCAACGAUAUUCGCAACAUGCAUUCAUGAGACCUAAUUUCCCUCAGGCAACCUGGAAUAAUCUGGGUCAACUUAUAGAGAGAGAAACAAAAAAAGAGGACCAGCUUCAGAAAAGAAAAUCAGUACAGAGUCCUCGCUUAUCCACCGGGGCAUUACCUCACUCCCCAUUAUCUUCAAAAUCUGGUGAAUUUUCCAAUGGUGCAGUGGUACCAAGUUUUGGACCAUCUGUGCCUGGGGUUUCACAAAAAGACAAGACAGCAAUGGUCUCAAUUCCUGCUACUGUUGGAACUCCAUCUAACGAUUCUACACAAAGACAACAGCAGGCACAACUAGCUGCAAAACGGAGAUCUAAUUCCCUUCCUAAGACCCCAGCAAUGAAUGGAGUUGGUUCUCCUGCUAGUGUUGGUACAACCAGUGUCCCAUUGAAUGCAAAUAGUCCCUCUGUAGUGACCUCAGGUUUGGUUGAUCAAGGUGUUCAAAAUAUGCUUGAAAGGUUCUCAAAAAUUGAAAUGGUGACAAUGAGGCAUCAACUUAACUUUAAGAAGAACAAGGGGGAUGAUUAUCACAUUAAGAAGCAGAAUACAUAUUCACCACAGCAUUUAACAGCGCUUAUUGCCAAUGCAACUAAUAAUGAGGGAUUGAUAGAGGAGUCAAUUUCUUUGUCAAAGUCACUUGUAGGUGGGAGUAUGAACAUGUGCAAAAUGAGAAUCUUAACUUUUUGUUUGCCUGAGCGUGUAGUUCAAGGAAAUGUUGUUUCUCUAGUUCCCAGGUUGCGAAUUAGGAUGAUAAUGUUUGAGAAAGCUGAUGGUACUGUGGCUAUGCAUUUUGGGGACAUUGAAGAUGUUGAUUACGUGGCUGCAGAGGAUCAUCUCCUCACAUUACCUAAUACUCAUUCUGCAGAUUUGCUUGCGCAACAGUUCUGUUCACUGAUGGCUCAUGAAGGAUACAUGAAGGAAGAUGACCGGAUCCAACUUAAACCGAACCGGGUGAACCUUCCAUUGGGUAAUCAAUCUACUGCACCUAAUAACGCUGUAGUUGAAACACAACAAUAUGGAGAGCCCGUUCCUGGUCAGUCAUCUAAUGAAGUUGCAAAACCAGCUACUAGCAGUAAUUCAUCUUUAAACCUAUCUCAGAAUCUUGUUACAAACCCAAGGAUGUUGCCACCUGGAAACCCCCAAGCCUUACAGAUGUCCCAAGGACUUCUCUCCGGUGUCUCAAUGGCUUCAAGACCACAGCAACUGGACUCGCAACAAGCAGUGCAGCAACAACAACAGCAACAACAACAGCUGCAACAAAAUCAACACACUCUCAUUCAACAGCAGAAUUCCCAGUUCCAAAGAUCUUCAAUGAUGCUUGCGUCAAAUCAGCUUUCACACUUAAAUCCAGUUGGACAGAACUCCAACAUGCCAUUGGGUAAUCACAUGCUCAACAAGCCUUCAGCUCUCCAGCUCCAGAUGUUACAACAACAGCAGCAGCAGCAACACCAGCAACACCAGCCACAAUUGCAAAGGAAAAUGAUGAUGGGACUUGGAACAGCUGUUGGAAUGGGUAACUUGAGAAAUAGCAUAGUUGGGCUUGCACCCAUGGGAAUGGGAGCUGCAAGGGGAAUGGGGGGAACUGGAAUCUCAGCACCAAUGACAUCUAUUGCUGGGAUGGGAAAUAUGAGUCAGAACCCAAUGAAUCUUAGCCAGGCUUCAAAUAUUACUAAUUCUAUAAGCCAACAAUUAAGGUCCGGAACAAUAAAUUCAAAUGCUGACAUUUUAUCAAAGCUUAGAUUGGUGCAGCAGAAUCGUGGAAGCAUGUUAGGGUCCCCUCAGUCUAACAUAGCUGGCAUCUCCGGGGGCAGACAAAUGCACCCUGGCACUGCUAGUCUUUCAAUGUUGGGUAGGGCUAAUAUGAAUGCUAAUAUGAAUACACUGCAGCGACCAAUCGGACCUAUGGGCCCACCAAAGCUGAUGGCAGGGAUGAAUCUUUAUAUGAAUCAGCAGCAGCAGCAGCAACAUCAACAACCACAACAACAGCAGCAACACCAACAGCAGUUGCAAUUUCAGCAGCAGUUGCAGCAGCAAUUACAGCAGCAGCAGCAGCAACAAGAAACGACUUCACAAUUGCAGGCAGUUGUUUCUCCCCCACAGGUAGGAUCACCAUCAAUGGGAGUUCCGCCAUUGAACCAACAAACUCAGCAGCAAGCAAGCCCUCAGCAAAUGAGUCAACGAACUCCAAUGAGUCCGCAAAUGAGCUCAGGUGCAAUUCAUGCCAUGAGUGCUGGGAAUCCUGAAGCUUGUCCAGCCAGUCCACAGUUGAGCUCUCAGACCCUUGGCUCUGUUAGUAGUAUAACAAACUCCCCUAUGGACAUGCAAGGUGUUAACAAGAGCAACUCUGUCAGUAAUGCACAAUGAAUUUACGAAGUCUAGAAUGUUCAAAUCAAUGCCCCUGCCACCUAAGUUGCUGAAAUUCUGUUGAAGUGAGCAAAUAAUGUUGAAUAUUUGAGCAUUAAAAAAUGCCAGAAAAUAGUAAUUAUUUACUUAUAAUAAAACAUAAAGCAUAUUGAAUAAAUAUGCCGCUGCUUUGUAACUCUGGGGGCAUCACAUGCAUUGUCUUAGUUGUAAAUAGUUUCCUGUUUUCCUUUGCACUCAUUGAACAACACAUCAGUGAUGUUUUUCGGAUAUGUAGACUUAGAUUACCCUUUGUAUUUAUUCUGUACUGUAGUUACUUAGGUGACUUUUAGAAGUAAAAAAGAAAAAAGUCUCGUUCUCAGGUAUUUGUGCAUCUUUCGAUUGUUUCUUUUGUUUUAUACAUACAAGUUGAUUCAUAGCUUUGCCCACCUGUUAUAA